ACCUUGCAACCGAGACGACCGAGACGCUCAAGGUACAACAAAGCAAGCCACAUUUGGUCCGUGCACUACGCUCCAGCCACCUUUAGCCUUGCCCAAGUUCAUCGUCAGGUUGCACUGACGCGACAGCUUCAGCUGCCUUGACGGACGAAGCUCACCAAACCCACCGAAACCCAAGCUCACGAUUCCACAACACUGCAAUUCCCUCCCAUAUCACCUGUCUUCAUCACCUUCGACCGUAACCGACGUUCAUCAUGACUUCCAUUGGUACGGGCUACGACUUAAGCAACAGCACAUUCUCGCCAGAUGGUCGCAAUUUCCAGGUGGAAUAUGCAGUCAAGGCAGUAGAGAAUGGCGGCACAUCAGUAGGGAUCAGAGCUAAGGACGGCGUGGUUCUGGCGGUUGAGAAGGUGGUCACAUCGAAGCUGCUGAAGCCGGGAGCGAACAAGAGAAUCGCAACCAUCGACAGAAAUCUGGGCGUGGUCUACUCCGGCAUGAUCCCCGACGGUCGUCACUUCGUUGACCGAGCCCGCGACGAAGCCCGCUCCUGGCGCGACACCUUCAAGACGGGAAUCCCCACAUCCGACCUCGCAUCCCGCAUGGGCGGCUACCUGCAAGCAUACACACUGUACCAAUCCGUUCGCCCCUUUGGCAUCACCGCUAUCAUAGGAGGCUUCGACUCUGAGCUCGAGGCGCCCGUAGACGGCGAGGUGGGCAGCGGCCCGUCGGUCGGCGCAGGCGGCAAGGGCACCGGCACCCACGGCGGCCCGGGCCUCUACAUGAUUGAGCCAAGCGGCAUGUACUGGGGCUACUACGGUGCGGCGACGGGGAAGGGCCGGCAGGCGGCCAAGGCGGAACUCGAGAAGCUAGACUUGGCGGCCGGGACGCUCUCGCUCCAUGACGCGGUCAAGGAGGCGGCGCGCAUCAUCUACUUUGCGCAGCAGGACAACAAGGACAAGGAGUUCGAGCUCGAGAUGACAUGGAUUAGUGGUGUGAAUGGACCCACCAAGGGUAGACAUGAGCACGUGCCUAAGGAGCUGAUGGAGGAGGCGGAGCGGUUAGCGAAGAAGUCGCUUGAUGACGAUGAUGAGGAUGAGGAGAAGAGUGAGGAGAAGAGUGAUGAUAAGAUGGAGGAGUAGAGUUCGUUCGGCGUGGAUGCAGGCUCUCGGUGGGCAAACUCUUUGCAUGACGGACUGAUUGCACUUGUACAAUUAC